AUGUCAUCUGAAGACGUGUUUGAACAUUACAAGGCUGCCGCUGCUUUCUCAGGCAGGAAGAAAGACAGCAAGAGGACUCGGGGAGAGAAGAGUAAAACCGCCUCAAAGAAGGCCCGAACUGAGGACUCUCCAGCUACUGUUCCUUUGAAGGAUAACACACCACCUCCAUCUCCACUCGAGCAACCGACCUCAACGCCUCCGGUCGACCAGCAUUCCACUCCUCCAACACCUGCCGAUCAGCACCCCACUCCUCAGGACCCUACCGGCCGAACACACCGCACUCAGCCUGAAGGCUCCUUGUCCAGCUCCGUGGUCAGCUCAGCCAAGGAGAGAAUAUACAAGCUCUCCAAACACAAACGUAGUCAAGAGGCCAUUAACGACACCAUCUCUAUGGAGACUGAACAAAUACUCAAUCGAGGGCUGAAUGAGAUAGUCAGCGGAUUGCUGACCAUGACUGCUGGCUGGCGCCGUGCGGGUGCAAUCGUGUCCACGACCAGAAACUUUGACACCAGGCUCGCUGAGGCUAUGAAAGCGCUCGAAGGGAAAAAUACUGACAUGCUCGAGAAAAACAAUGAGCUAACCAAGAAAAAUGGUGAGCUUUUCGAGCAAAACAUGGAGCUGACCAAGCUGAAAGAGGAGCUGCUCGAGCAAAAAGCCACAUUGACUGAGGACCUGUUGGAGAGUCGGGAUGCCCUGAAGAAAGCCAAAGAAGAUAAAGAAAAGUUCAGGGAAAGCGCCAAACUCAACCACCAACAAUCCAAACAGCUUGAGCUUGAUUUGAUUGCGAGCAGAAGCACAACCAGAAGGCCAACUUUAGCUACCUGUCAGAGCGCUUGA